AUGUCUGACUCAGUGGAUUCAACCAACCCUGGCGGUGCUGCUGGUGGUGAUGCACCCCCAACAAAGCCUUCGCUGAAAACCAUAGAGGAGGCCCAAACUGGUGUGAAUACCUAUGAGGAAAAUUUACUCUUGUGCAUUGGUGGUGGCCAAGGUGACACAUACAUUGAUUCUCCCUGGGAACAGACGGAGAGCAAUACGCCACAGACAGACGAACCAUCGUUUCUGCCAUUCAGAUCGAUCCAGGCAGUGCCUACAGAGGCCAUGUCAUCUUCUGGGCCUUCGCAUUCGGGACCUUCUUAUACUGCUCCAACCCAGAGCGUCUCGCAUGCAAGCAAUCCUCGCCUCGACGAGGUGAUACAGCGUCUGAUUGAUGAUUAUCGCCCGUUGCCGUGGCUCCCGGAGUUUUCAUGGCAGGACGCCCGCAUUUGUUUUGAUGGUCAGCCACUGGAGCUGCCAGCAACACGCGAUGGCCAGUUUUCGAGAGGUGGCCCUGGCUCAGAGCAUGAGUCUUCGAUAUCUCAGAGGUCCCUUCCCCGUAUAAGAGAGCCCAAUCGUGGACAUGACAAGUUUCAGAUAUCUGGAGUUACUGGCGUUGGAGGUUGGUAUGAGAACAACCCCCCGGAGAAACUGGAGGUAGCAUCAGCAAUAUGCUCGGUUUCAACCGAUAUUUCACUAUCUGAAAACACUUUCAAGGGAGAUUUCAUUGAAGCGGGUUUGCCUGCACAUGUGGAAAUUGCCUUACAGAAGACCGUCAACAACAUAGUUGAAACACUGGUCGACGAGUUCUGCAGAUCCUAUGCGCCACAGAAACAGUCUCUCGCAGCAAAGCGCAAGCUGGAUGAUCAAAGCUCCAAUACUUCGACCAAGAGAAGUCGGACAACAACUACGCGGAAAGGUGCCAAGCCUGGAAGCCGCAAAGGCCAGACUAUAGGCGGUGAUGGAGAAAGUGAGGAUGAGGAAUCUAGUGGCAAUAAGCACAGCCCGUCCGGAACUGAUACAUCUGUCGAACAAAUCCGCUUUCUGGCUUGUCCAUUCAUGAAGUGGAAUCCCAGAAAGCACAGAGACUCUUACAUAAAGAAGAUCAGGGAUAUCUAUGGUCUCAAAAAGCACUUACAGGAGAAACACUUCGUCAUCUACUGCCCUAAGUGCUUCAUGACGCCCCCGCAAGAUGCAGGGGGCAUCCCUCCUCAUCCAUGCAUCGAAACACCUGGUCUUCUGACACGGCACCGCCCAGUCGGACUUGUUACGAUGGAUAUGCAAGCCGCGAUCAGAGAAAGACCUGGCACCAGGUUGUCUCAAAAGGAGAAAUGGGAGAGAAUCUUCAAGGUUAUAUUUCCCGAGGAGCCGAUCCCUUCGAACCCUCACCUCGAUCAUGAGAUGGCGCUUUUGCUCUGCAAACUUGAAAACUUCGUUUGCGAGCCAUCUGUGAAGGCCCGAAUUCGCCAUGCGAAACAGGAGUCUCAGCUUGAAUCUGAAUUGGAUGGUGCAUGGAAAAGGAUUGACGAGCUUGUUCUUGAAAGACUGGUACCACGGAUUUUGGACGUCUUGAGUGCCAAUACCAAUGGGAUGAACUCUGGGAUAACUUCUGAGCCUGGCCAAGUAGCAGUCGAUCAUGCACAGUCCAUUUCGACUAUGGAAAGCGGCAUACCUGAUAACUCAUACAACCUUGGUUCGAGGGGCUUCGGGUCUAACCAGGACGAAACCACCAUAUUUCAGUCUAGUGGGUUGAUGGAAGUCGACAACACUACGACUCCGGCCCCAGAACUAGUUGCUAACCAGCCAGAAACUGGAGUUGGGGAAGAUCUUGAUCAUCUUGAAUUCAUUGACAACUACGGAUCUUCCUGUUCAGAUAUCGCUACAAGCAUGAACUUUGAAGAGGUUUGGAGUGAUCCCUUUUCGAGGCCUGGAGUAGGGGAUACUCCUUGGUACGGUGGACAAGAGGUGUUUGAGACGGGGCUCGAUCAAACGAGAGGCGACGAGACUCUUUUCCAGUGGUCUUAG